CUGGAAGAACUAUUUGUUAUAGUAGAGUGGACUGAACUUCCAUCCGCUCAGUUUCAUUACUGCAGCUGUCUCCUCUUGUCAAUUCUGAACUUCAUCCAGCUCCAGCCAGGCAGGUCAGUAAAUUCUACAAACCCCAGUCAUCGCUAAGAAUAAACCUUUCCAAACAGCAGCCUGUGUCAACCUGAAUCAUUCUGGGAUCUGGUUUGGGAAAAUGACCCAGCUAAUGACUUCAUAUUAAUGGUCUAUAUAAGUCAAGGAAAAACCAGGCUGCUGCAGAGUGCAUUAGGAGCAGAUCCAAGGGAAAAACUGCCUCCGAGAGGACUAAUAUUGAGUGAGUACCCCAGCUAUGUCACAGGCAGCCCCUGUGAAAAAGAAGCGUCCUCCAGUGAAGGAGGAAGAUCUCAAAGGGGCUAGAGGAAAGCUCUCCACUAACCAGCAAAUUAAAUCCAAAACCUACCAAGUCAUGAAGCAAUGUGAACAAGAGGGCUCUGUGGCUCCUUCCAUAUUCAGUCAAGAUCGGACAGGAGGGGAAACAGCCUUUGAGAAGCCUAAAGAAGGGCCACCAAAGUGUCUUUAGCUGAUAACCAAGUUUAACCUGUGUGACAAAGAUUCCUAAUGCAACAUUUAAUCCCAAAUUGCUGUUGCUCAUACUAAACUUAUUGCUGCACUAGUAAGUCAACUUAAUUCUUUCAUAUUAAUCAUUAAUUAGGAGGACUCAUGUAGGCUACAACUUCCUUUUAUAAAUUUAAAUAUUUUCUUUCUAUAUUGUACAUGCUGUAAUGGGUUCAAUAAGAACCUGGUCACUGGACACAGGCUGGCAUAGUAAUGACCAAUUUCUGCUUAAAUGACGUAUGUGUUUUUUUUAAGACUUAUGUUCCAGAGCUGUGAUCUAGUUCAAUUUUCAAUAUAAUCUUAAAUGCAAAAAAAGUAAAAUAAAUGAGUGAUAUGGA